AUGGUCAUAGGCGAGGAACAAGUAAGAUUUACCAGACAGCUACUGCUGCUCUGGCUAAAGGUGCUACUUUUUCAUAGUGGAUGGUCCUCAUUUGUACUCUCUCAAAGCCACGCCAACCCAGAAGUAAUGAUCCCAUUGAAGAUUUUGGAUUCUGCUCCAAGUAAAAAGCCUUCAGAAUGGGUUUCUUACAGAAUGAAGUUUGAUGGCCAGGAACAAGUUGUCCACAUGACAGUAACCAAGUUUUUAUUGGCAAGAAACAUGCCAGUGUUCACCUACACAGACCAAGGUGUUCUCUCUCAGGACCAUCCUUUUAUUCAUAACAACUGCUACUAUUAUGGUUAUGUGCAAGGGGACCUAUUGUCCCAGGUUUCCCUCAAUAGCUGUUUUGGAGGAUUUAAUGGAAUUUUACAGAAAAACAACACUGUUUAUAAAGUAGAGCCAAAGUUAAAUUCAACCACAUUUGAACAUCUGGUAUAUAAGCUGGUCAGUGAGAAGAAUGACUUACCAGCUAGGAGAUGUGGAUCAAUAGAUCAUGAAUCGCAAUGUGAAUUCAAGAUUACAAAGAGUGACCAGUUAUACACAUCAAAGCAGAGUGGAUUUGAGGGGUGGUGGCUGCACAAGCGAUAUCUUACUAUAGUUUCAGUGGUCGAUAAUAAUUUGUAUCGUCAUACCCAAUCUAAUACAACAUUGACAAAUGAUAGAGUACUUUCUUUAUUCAACAUUGUGAUUGCUAAUUUUAGGCAAUUGGAUUUAACAAUAACUUUAGUGGGAAUUGAAAUCUGGACUGACAAAAAUCAUAUAGAUUAUCUCCCUUCUACUAAACAUGUAAUACCAUUCUGUAGUUGGAAGGAAAAAACUUUGAACCUACGCACUUCACAUCAGUUAGCAUAUUUAUUUGCUAUGAUUCCAGGAGAGGCGUCAGUAUACUUUGUAUUUGUACAUUCAAUAUGUACCAUGAGUACGAAUUGUGCAAAUAUUGUGAUCAAGGCACAUCACCCUAUGGAGAGAAGUGCACUUAUAACUACAAGAGCAGUUGCUAUUAAUGUAGGUAUUAAACUAGAUGAAAGAUACUGUGCAUGUGGGCAAGAUUAUUGCAUUAUGAACAAACAACUACCAAAUCGUGCACAUCUCUUUAGUAACUGUAGCUAUGGUCAGUAUUAUCAGGCAAAUACACAUUGUCUAUUAAGGCUACCAGAUACAGAGGUAGCCUUAGAAGAGAAACGCUGUGGAAAUGGUAAGCUUGAAGAAGGAGAAGAUUGUGAUUGUGGGACAAUUAAUUCUUGUGCAAAUGAUCCAUGUUGCGAGGCAAAUUGUAAACUGGCACCGGGGGCUAUUUGUGCUUCUGGACUUUGUUGCAGGAAUUGUAAGUUUUUGCCAGCAGGUACAUUGUGUAGAAAAAAGGAAAAUCAAUGUGAUCUUCCAGAGUGGUGCAAUGGAACCUACCAUGAGUGCCCUCAGGACGUUUAUGUGCAAAGUGGGAUCCCAUGCAAAGGUGGUGGAUACUGUUAUGGAAAGAGAUGCAAAAACCGCCAAGAACAGUGUAGAAGAAUUUUCGGUCAGCAGGCUAAGAGUGCAAGGGUUAGUUGUUACGUAGACGUGAAUAAAAAGGGUGAUCGCUUUGGUAACUGUGCGUACUAUACCUCUUCUUACACACCUUGCGCUAUAAAGGAUUCUCUAUGUGGAAGGCUUCAGUGUGAGAAUGUGAACUCAAUAGAUCUUCUGCAAAGUCACAGCACCUUCAUUUCAACGAAUAUCAGUGGAGUCAUUUGCUGGGGUAUUGACUACCAUUUUGGGGCACACACACCAGAUCUUGGUGAAGUGGAAGAAGGAACUGAAUGUGGAGAAAAUAGUUUUUGUGUUGAUCGACGCUGUUUACCUGUUUCAUACUUCACAAAUCGUUGCUCUCCUGAAAAAUGCAGGAUGCAUGGAAUCUGCAACAAUAGGCAUCACUGCCACUGCGAGUCUCCUUGGCGCCCACCCUUCUGCUAUGAGGCAGGAAAGGUUGGUGGGGGGAGUGUUGACAGUGGCCCACCAUCUGGAAGUCAUCAAGAUGGAGGAGAUUCAACUGAGUCUGAGGAUUCAACUCAAUCUGAAGGUGUCAAGCACUCACACAUUUGUUAUUUUCUUCUGCUCUUGCGUUUCAUGGUAUUUCUCUUGAUUUUCAUUGGUAUAAUGUUAAAAGCAAUGAUCUAA